AGCCUGGUCGCCUUCUACUACAUGUGGAAAACGACGGACCACUAUGUACAACAGAAGCGCAUGAAGGCGGUGGAAGCCGAGCACAGACUCAAGCAGGUGUAUAUACCCAAUUACAACAAGCCCAAUCCCGCUGUCCUCUACACUCCGCCCAAGGGCGACGGCACCGCACCACAGCCGGAGGAGUCCUCGGGCUGUGACAGCUGUGGCAGUCUCUCCACCAGCCAGUGGUAUGCCCUUCGGCCCGCGGCAACU